UCUCUCUCCUCCCCUGUUUCUUUUUGGCUCUUUCAAAGAAGAAAACCUACCAUCUUCCUUUCACCAAUCCACAAAACAAAAAACCCCUAAUUCCGCAUUUAAUUUUUUUUUAUCUUCUCUUUGCAAACCAUAAAAAACUUCUCAAAAUUUCCAUCCGUUUAUCCAUCUGCAUGCAUGUCUUACGAAACCUUUCUUGAUUUGUUGUUGGAAACAGCGUCCCUCUAGGGUUUUUGAUUUGAUCUGGGGUUUUUGCCUUUGCGUUUUUUAUAAAUUAAAUGGCGAACGGUACGGACGCGGAGGAUUUCGUGGUUUUAUCUCGGGUAAGGACGGGUCUGAAGCGUGAAUUCGAAUUUGCUUUGAAGGUUCAAGCAGAGAUCUGUGGGUCUUUGGGUCGGACUCGGUCCAGGAAGGCACAGAAUGGACCGGUGUGGAGCCCGGGUAACCGGAGCAACAAGAAAUCGAAGAGAGAAGUCAAGGUUGAGAAAGAGAAGAGUGAUUUGGAGAAAUCUGUGAGUGUUGUGGAGGAAUCGGUGGAUUUGAUGAGUGAAGAAGAGGCGAAAAGCGAUGUGGUGGAUGUGGACGAGCCGAAGAGAGAGGUGGACGGUUGUGAAGAAGAGGAGUCCAAAAGGGUGGGGAAAAAGGGAGAGGAAGUUAAAGAUGGGGUUGUUGAACCAAUGUGUGAAGAUGAGGAUGACAAGGAGGGGAAGGAAAAAAGUGAAACUGAAAAGGCGGUAAUAGGUUCACAAGGAAAACAGAAAGAGGAAGAAAAGGAAGAAGAAAAAGAGGAGGAAGAGAAGAAGGAAGCAAACGAAGAAGUAAAAGAGGAAGAAGAAAAGGAAUCGAAAAUGGAUGUCGACAUUAGAGAGAAGGAAAGUGAAGUGGAAAAUGCAAUGAAGAAUGUAGAAGAAGGAAAGAGAAAGGAUGAUUUGGUUAUACAAAAUGAGCCCUGUGAAGUGGAUGGAAUGCGAGUUUUGGUUGGUUGCGAGGGUGAUAGAAUUAGAGAGGUGGUGAAGGAAGAGAAGCCUCGACGGAGGUUUACUCGAUCCUUGUUGAAACCAAAGGUGGAGACGGUGAAGAAAACUGCUGUGAGGGAUGCUGUUAUUGUGACAGUGAGUGAUGUGAAAAGUAGUGGUGAUGAUAAUAGGCCUAAAAGUGUGGAUGGUCCAAUGAAGCAGGAAAUGAAUGUGUCUACCAAGUUUGUGAGAAAUUUCCCGACUAAGUUAAAGGAUCUUUUUGAUUCAGGUAUGCUUGAGGGAGUAAAUGUGAGGUACGCGCGAAGCUCAAAGGUUACAAGAGUUUCAGGGAGUAGUGGGCUUCGAGGAGUAAUUAAGGGCUCUGGGAUAUUGUGUUUUUGUAGUGCUUGCAAGGGGGUUAAAGCUAUUGCCCCUACCUUAUAUGAGAUUCAUGCGGGUAGCUCAAACAAACGUCCGGCAGAGUAUAUUUACCUGGAGAAUGGGAAUUCCCUGCGUGAUGUAAUGAAUGCAUGCAAACAGAAUUCAUUGAUCACAUUGGGGAAUGCUCUACGGAUGGUGAUUGGUUCUUCCAUGAAGAAAUCUAGCUUUUGUUUGAACUGCAGAGAGUCUAUUACUGGAACUGGCUCUAGGAAAGCUGUAAUUCUAUGUAAUUCAUGCGUAGAUGUAAAAGAGUCUCAAGACAGCUCUACUGGAGUGGCUGAUGCUGAUGAUAGAUCACCAAAACCAACUGUGGUUGCAAAGUCACCUAUCAGUGCUUCAAAAUGCAGCUCGUCACAAACUAAGAGUCAGGGAAGAGUAACCAGAAAGGAUCUGCGGAUGCAUAAAUUGGUAUUUGAGGAAAAUGGGUUGCCAGAUGGAACUGAACUAGGGUAUUUUGUUCGUGGACAGAAAAUGCUUGUUGGUUAUAAAAGGGGAUUUGGAAUACUUUGCACCUGCUGCAAUUCAGAGAUCAGCCCCUCACAGUUUGAAGCUCAUGCUGGUUGGGCAACUCGUCGCAAGCCUUUUCAACACAUUUACACUUCAAAUGGAGUAUCUCUCCAUGAAUUGUCAAUAUCCCUGUUGAAAAGUCGGAAGUUCUCUGCAAAUGAGAAUGAUGACCUAUGCAGCAUCUGUUUGGAUGGAGGGAAUCUAUUGUGUUGUGAUACAUGUCCAAGGGCUUUUCAUAAAGAUUGUGUUUCUCUGCCAAACAUUCCAACUGGUACUUGGCACUGUAGAUAUUGCCAGAAUAACUUCCAAAAGGAAAAGUUUGUGGAACGUAAUGCCAAUGCUCUAGCUGCAGGAAGAGUUGCUGGAAUUGAUCCAAUAGAACAGAUAACCAAGAGAUGCAUUCGUAUUAUCAAAACUCCAGAGACUGAAGUUCUCAGUGUGUGUGUGCUUUGCAGAGGCCAUUCUUUUAGCAAGUCAGGAUUUGGUCCUCGCACUGUUAUACUUUGUGAUCAGUGUGAGAGGGAGUAUCAUGUGGGCUGUCUUAGGGAUCACAAUAUGGAUGACCUUAAGGAGUUGCCAAAAGGAAAGUGGUUUUGUUGCACAGAUUGCAAUAAAAUUCAUUCUGCUUUACAGAAAUUGAUAGUUCGUGGGGAAGAAAAGCUUCCUGAAUCAUCUCUGCUCGUUGUAAAGAAGAAGCAUAAAGAAAAGAGUUUGGAGAGCAACACUAAUCUUGAUAUAAGAUGGAGGGUUCUCAGUGGGAAAAUGACAUCUUUUAAUGACACUAGAGUAUUGCUUUCCAAGGCUGUUGCGAUCUUCCAUGACUGCUUUGAUCCUAUAAGUGACUCUGGAUCUACCAAAGGUGAUCUAAUUCCAUCAAUGGUUUAUGGGAGAACGGUGAAGGGCCAAGAUUUUGCUGGCAUGUACUGUGCCAUAUUAACUGUCAAUCAAGUGGUUGUGUCAGCUGGUAUUUUUAGGAUUUUUGGGCAGGAAGUGGCUGAAAUUCCCUUAGUUGCAACAAGUACUGAAUGCCAAGGACAGGGUUAUUUCCAAUGCCUGUUUUCUUGCAUUGAGAAGCUGCUUGGCUUCCUAAAAGUGAAAAACCUUGUGCUUCCAGCAGCCGAUGAAGCAGAAUCUAUUUGGACAAAGAAAUUCGGAUUCAGCAAGAUAGCCCAGGAGGAGCUGAACAAAUAUAAAAGAGACUACCAAAUGAUGAUCUUCCAGGGUACAUCAAUACUGCAGAAGCCAGUCCCGGAAAUUCGAUUGAUUCGUAAAGCAGAGGAUGAAUGACUGACGUUGGGGGGUCGGCAUGUGAAAUUUUGAGCAUGGAGAAGCUAGUUUUUGAAGAGACUUUUCCUCAUAAAUGUACAGGGUUGCUUUUCUCUUUCUCUUGUACAGGAAAUAGAAGUCCAUAAAGUGCUACCUCAUCUUUUUCUUUUUCGGUUUGUAGCACAUAAAAUGCAAAAUAUACCAAAAAUUUUAGGGGAAAGCUAAUUUUCGAGCAAGUUGGAAAAAUUUUGAGAUAGGCUUUUGGGACUAGAUGUGCAGUUUUGUUCGUUGCACAUUAUUUGAUGAAAUUUCAUCGGAAUUUGGAGUCUUUAAUUGUUAUUUCAUUGGAAUUUGUUUAUACCAAAUUUAUCUCCUCAUUAA